GCCUCUCCCCAUUGGGUCUCUCUAAGAGUCACAUGCUCCAGGCUUCCUUGAAAAGAAUCUUCUGAAGCCUCAGCAUCUUAUCUGAAUCUCCUGAAUCCCACUUAGAACUGUGUUGAGCUCUCACCCAUCACGAUGAGCAACAAAUUCCUGGGCACCUGGAAACUUGUCUCCAGUGAACACUUUGAUGAUUAUAUGAAAGCUCUGGGUGUGGGGUUAGCCACCAGAAAACUGGGAAAUUUGGCCAAACCCAGUGUGAUCAUCAGCAAGAAAGGAGAUAUUAUAACUAUACGAACUGAAAGUACCUUUAAAAAUACAGAGGUCUCCUUCAAGCUAGGCCAGGAAUUUGAAGAAACCACAGCUGACAAUAGAAAGGCCAAGAGCAUCAUAACCCUGGAGAGAGGAUCACUGAAUCAAGUGCAGAGAUGGGAUGGCAAAGAGACAACCAUAAAGAGAAAGCUGGUGAAUGGGAGAAUGGUAGUGGAAUGUAAAAUGAAGGGUGUGGUGUGCACCAGAAUCUAUGAGAAGGUCUGAAAAAUUUUUCCUCGCUGAAGUGGUUUUUGAUCAUUUAAUAAUGGAAACCAAUUACUUCCAUUGGCAAAACCUGAAUACACUGAAACGUCUGUUUUUGCUUUUGUCUUUAUAUAUCAGAUAGGCAAAGGCCUAAACUGAGUAUUAAGCUAAAAUUCAAUGUUAUUUAAAGAUUUUUAAUGUGCAUGCAUGUCAUUACUACAUUAAAGCAUAUAUAUUGACUACCCGAA